AGCAGACUUUUCGAAAUGUUCCACAAAAACGUUGCAACCGCGAAUCGGAAAACACGAAAAAUUCUACAUUCUGUGAUUAAUUGGAUUAUUUAGCAAAGAUAACUGCCAUUAGCUUGUUAUCUUCUUCUCAUUCUUCAAAUAGAUGUCCGUUGUUCCUCUAAUGUUCCGUGAUUGGUGGGAUGAGCUUGACUUUCCAAUGCGCACAUCGCGCCUGUUGGAUCAACACUUUGGCCAGGGUCUGAAACGGGAUGAUCUUUUGUCGUCCGUUUGGAACUCGCGCCCCACUGUGCUGCGCUCGGGCUAUCUGCGUCCGUGGCAGCGCUCUGUGAACAGUUUGCAGCGACAGGAAUCGGGCUCCACUCUGAACAUCGACAACGAGAAGUUCGAAGUGAUUCUCGACGUGCAGCAGUUCUCCCCGAAUGAGAUUACAGUGAAAGUAUCCGAUAAAUUCGUCAUAGUCGAGGGCAAGCACGAGGAGAAGCAGGACGAGCAUGGCUUCGUAGCCAGACAGUUCUCCAGACGUUAUCAGCUGCCAGCUGAUGUCAAUCCAGACACAGUCACCUCCUCCCUGUCCUCGGAUGGCCUGCUGACCAUUACGGCGCCCAUGAAGAAAUUGCCCCCGCCCACCACGGAGCGCCUAGUGCAAAUCACACAGACUGGACCCUCCUCCAAGGAGGAUAACGCCAAGAAGGUCGAAACCUCAACGCAAUAAGCAAUCGUUAUUAUUAUUUAUUAAAAAAAAAGCCGUUUUAUACCAAUAUGAGAAUUAGAAUAAGUUUAUACGAAUUUACUAUUGGAAGUCUUCAAUGUAUUUAGAAUGGAAAAACGACAAGUCCUGUGCUAUUUGUAAAGCUGCUAAAGAAUAGUAAAAAUAAAAUUAUAAUUGAUAUA